ACAAUGAGGGUGUUGACGAAGUCUCACAAUAGACGAGAAGGAAGUAGGAGUACAACAUGACUUAGCUUUGGUAUAUCUUAUCGUGUUGUUAUAACUGAAAAGGCCAUGAAGAUGAGCUUGGCAUGCAUUCUCAUUUUCAUUCAGCUCUUUGAAGCCUAUGCGGAGUUGCUCUUUAAGCAGCUGACAGAGAGCCAGUCACUAGAGCUCUCCUGUUCCCCUCAGCAGGAGCACAGCACCCUGAUACGCCUCCACCUGUACCACCGCAGUGCCCAGAGCCAGACGACCCUGCUGUCCAUGGCCGAGGGUGGCGGGCUGAGGGUCAACACGGACCACGGGGGCCGUCUGCAGCUCCGUGGAGGUCUGGACUCCCUGCAGGUCAAUGUGACCGUGACCCUUUUGCAGCGCAGUGACACGGGACUCUACGUGUGGGAGCUGAACUACAGAGUGGACAACAGCUCUGAUGAGAUCAGCCUCAGUGCUCCGAAGGUUCUCUUGUUGGUUGAAGGGACAGGGAGGUCAUGCCAGUGCUCUCCCAGUUACCCUCGUCUGCUCCUGACUAUCUUUACAAUAGCGGGGCUUCUUCUGCUCACACUCAGCUGGCUGGUCGUAGAGAAAUGUGUGAAGGCGAGGCAUCAUCACAGACCACAACCUCCGGUUCCUAUCUAUGAGGAAAUGACCACGAAGCAGCAGAGAACAGGAAUCCCCCAAAAUAACCCCGAGGUCCCCUCAGACCUGGAGGAAGUCAACUUCCCCGUGUACGCCAACCCAAACAUCCGCCAACCACAGGACAACUACUACGCCUGUCCCAGACAGCUCGCCCUCAGACCCUGAUGUGACUUCCGGUGCAGCAAACAUUGACAGGAAAUGACACCAGCUCUGGGAGCAAGAGGUGACUCUCCUCCAGGACAUAAAAAAAAAAUAAAGAUGUUGGUUUGGUGGAACGAACAAACUCCAAAUGGCACAUUUUUAACAGCCAAGAAAAAAUUGCUAUUUUAUUAAUAUUUGAAAGAAGCUCCAUAGUUCAUGAAAACAUUUGUUUCGGUGCAUGUCAUUUAACAAUCACAUUCUAUGAGGAAAAAGAGAUAUACAGAGAGAAAAAAUAAAACAUUACAAGCCACUGACUUUUCAUUAAAUCUCAGUACAGACAUUUUUCCUUAAUA